AUGGGCGAUGCAAAGAAUGAACGAUCAGUCUCAGCUGAUGAAUCCACCGCCUCCGCCGCAGAUGAUGGGCCAACCGCCACCACAGAUGAUGAAUCCGCCGCCGCCUCAGUUGGUACGGCAGGGUAUAACCCUCAGCAGCUACAUGGUUCUGGUAUUCAAGUUGGGUCUGUUGGUGCAGGAGGGUACAAUCCUCCGACGCUCAACGAGUUGCAGUCUCAGAACAGGUUGAAGAUGAGGAAGUUCUACCCGAAGAAGAAGUUCAGCAAUAACCGUUAUGUUCCCUACGCUCCGAGGAACACAACUUCUUUUAUUAUCCGUGCUAAGAAGUAUGGAGUAAAUGCUGAAUUGGUGUCUCCUUGCCCUGUGACACCAGCUGUGCUGCCAACGCCCAUGUUUUCGCCGUCCAGGGAGGUUUUGGGCGAUAUGGCGAAGGAGGAGUGGGGUGUUGAUGGGUAUGGCUCGAUGAAGGGGCUUAUUAGGCUGCGGUCUGAUGGACAUGAUCUGGAGCCCCACUUUGAUGAUGGUGACGAAGACGAAGGAGGGUCAAGCGAGAGUGAUGUGGAGGAGCAUGUAGAGGUCGAGAGGAGAUUAGAUCAUGAUUUGAGUCGUUUUGAGAUGAUUUACCCGAAUUAUGGCGGUGCUGAGUAUCACAAUGUGUUGGAGAAUCGAGUUGAUGAUCAGGAUACCCAUAUUGCACAACUAGAGGAAGAGAACUUGACUCUGAAGGAACGGCUUUUCUUGAUGGAAAGGGAGUUGGGCGAUUUAAGGAGGAGGUUACAGUUUCUUGAGAGGCAGAACAUGGUUGCUUUGGAUGCUAAUGAGGAGGUUGUGGAAAAUGAGUCUGAAAACGACAGUGGAACAGGGGGAUCUGACGCUCGUACAAGUGAUGACGCAAAGGAGAAUCAACAUGUGGAUGCAGAAGAUAUUUGCAUGCAGGAUGUUGCACAAGAUGAUGCCACGGUUAAAGAAGUCAUCAAAGACAAGGGUAAGGUGGAUGAAGCCACAGAGAAACCUAUUGUUGGAUUAGGAGCUUCAGUGGAAAAUAACUCAGAAUCUAAAGAACUUGCCGAAAAGGAUUCCGGAGGAGAUGUGGAUGUUGCAGAGACACAUGGUAAUGAGUCGAAGAUGGAAAGUGUUGUCAUGAAUAGCAGUGGAGAAAAGGACAUGAGUUAUGAAAAGUCUCAAGAUUUAGCUCAGAAUGAUUCGGUUAAAGAACAAUAAAGAAACAAAUGUGUUCUGGAGCCAGGAAGAAGAGUAAGAACCCCAAUAACGCUAAUAGAACAGGGCAAACAAUAUUAUGAGAGGACACUCAGUUCAGACCAGGGAGCAUAUCAACCCUGAUUCCUUAAUGUAAGUCUCUUACAUGAACUGGCGGUGCUCUACUUAUUUUGACGGGUAUCUGUGCAUUUGGGGGCUACUUCUCUUUCCUCUCGCUCUUGCAUCAAGGUGUAGAGCGUAGCUUUACCAGGGUCCUUCGUGCUCUUAAAUGACUUCGUACUAGGGUUUUUCUCUUUUUUUGUUUUUGUUUUGUUCAUCUGGGUGAGAGACAGAUUAUCGAGGUUCCUGUCAUUUGUGUAUCUGAUCUUAUAUGGCCCCUGCUUUAUUUAGUCGAAAAAGAACUCAUGGAUGUGUAAAGUUUUUAAAGAUUGAUUUUUUUUCAUUUUGUGAA